AUGAAGCUCCUCUCUCUCAUCGCUCUCGUCUUCGCUACUGUGGCACACACCGCACUCGGCAUUCCUCAAGUCUCGGCCCCAAGCCUUCCCGACGCUGUCGGAGACCUUGAAGGCGCUGUCCCUAUGGAGGAGCUGAGCGGCGCUGCUCUUGAAGACGCUAAUAAUCUUGGGAAACUCUGCGAAGACGGCGGAUCCAACGCUUACGUCGCUGUCAAGUACAAGGGGGGAGAAGAAGUUGUAUAUUCGUACAAUAUGUGCCUUUUGGGCACGCGCAACGGCAACCGCGAUGUGAUGGCAGUGUUUUGCAAGUCGGUGACCUGCUAUGGACACUCGAAUUAUGAUUGCACUGGUGACAUGUCUGCUGGAAUUAUGUAUGUCAAGGGCACUGUGGUUGCUGCUGAAACUGCCGGCACUGCCUUCAAGUUAUUCCUGAACAGACAGAGUGCAACUUGCCAGGCUCUCGAAGGACCCGUGUAA